AUGUGUGCAGGAGGGGCAAUUGCAUGGUUCUCCAAGACUCAUAAGUGUGUGACUUUGUCUACCACGCAGGCUGAAUACGUGGCAAUGGCGGACAUGGGGAAGGAGAUUUUGUUUUUGAGGCAGGUUUGGCGUUUCAUGUUGCCGAAGGAGUUGCGGCCAUGCAUUCCACUGUAUGAGGAUAACGAAGGUGCUAUACAGAUCGCAAAACACCCGAUCUCGAAUUCCAACUCGAAGCACAUCGACGUGCGGCAUCACUUCCUCAGGCAGCUCGUAGAUGAGAAGGAGGUAGAGAUCAUCCACGUAGCGUCGCAGUAUCAGCAUGCCGAUUUCCUCACGAAGGCGCUACCUGAGAAAGAGUUUGUUUUCCACCGGGACUACGUGAUGAAUUUGAAGUGA